GUGUAAUUGCUUUUCUGCCCUGUAAGCCAGCGCAAUGUGUGGGUGGUACACAUUGGCAACUACGUAGUCAUGUCCACGAACAACUUGUCGGUACCUAUGCACAAACAUGGAAAAUGGUUCUAUUCCGUGUUAUGUUCCGCGAGUGCGUUUGACGUUUCAUAUGGCCCUGGCUCUGGCCGCUUUCAGUCUUUUCUCCGGCGUGUGUGAAGAUAUUUACCUACUUAUUAUGUGAUAAUUUUUUGAGUUUUAAAAACUAUAACAUUUGUGCAAUAAACUUGACAUACAAUUUGUGAACAAAAUGUCGGAAGUAGCGGUGCAACAACCACCGCUAAUAGAGAAUGAAGAUAAUGCUCCUUCGUCACAGCCGAUUGUGGGCAUUAUUUAUCCGCCUCCAGAGGUUAGGAAUAUCGUUGACAAAACUGCCAGCUUUGUGGCGAGGAAUGGGCCAGAGUUUGAGUCUAGAAUCAGACAAAAUGAGUUGGGCAAUCCGAAAUUCAAUUUUUUAAACUUUGGUGAUCCCUAUCAUGCGUAUUAUCAGCACAAAGUAAAGGAGUUUAAAGAGGGUAAAGGUCAAGAACCUAUGGUAGGUUCAAUUCCUCUGAAGAGUGUUAAUCUUACUGCACAUCAGAAGCAGCAGGAGAUCUUGAAACAAGUUGAACAACCAUUUGUGCCUAAGGAUCCACCAGCUGAGUUUGAAUUUAUAGCAGAUCCUCCAUCUAUAUCAGCUCUUGAUUUAGAUAUUGUAAAGCUAACAGCUCAAUUUGUUGCACGUAAUGGAAGACAAUUCUUAACAAAUCUAAUGAAUCGUGAGCAAAGGAAUUUCCAAUUUGACUUUUUGCGCCCUCAACAUUCCUUGUUUCAGUACUUCACCAAACUGUUGGAGCAAUAUACCAAGGUACUGAUUCCACCUAAGGAUUUACUGUCACGUCUUAGAGACGAAGCUUCCAACAGGGACAAAAUCUUGGAGCAAGUAAAAUAUCGUGCUGAAUAUUUAAAAUAUCAGGAGGCACAGAGACGUAAAGAGGAAGAAGAAUUAGAAAGAGAGAGAGUUGCAUAUGCACAGAUUGAUUGGCACGAUUUUGUUGUGGUUGAAACUGUGGAUUAUCAACAAUUUGAAGUCGGUAAUUUUCCAGCACCAACAACACCGGACGAAGUUGGCGCGCGUGUUCUCAUGCAGGAACGUAUAGAGGAAGGUGAAGAUGUGGAAAUGCAAAUCGAUAGUGAUGCAGAAGAGGAAACACAAGCGCGUACAGAAGGCGAGAAAGAUCGUGCGAAAGACAACAAUCAAGUAGAAGAUAUGGAAGAAGAUUCUAGCGAGGAAGACGACAUAUCUCCACCGGGUGACACUCACAAAUCCAAAGAGCUCAAACCGCGCGAGACGAAUAUGCAGCCUCCACCAUUACCGCCUACGCCAGGAAAUGUGGUGGUCAAGAAAGGAUACGAUCCGAAACAAUACGGUAAAAAACAUAUCUUUCUAUCAAUCGCUCUAUUAUCGCUUGGAUACAAAAAUUUUAUUCUUAAUAUAUUUGUUACAGUUAAUAAAACUGCUCGUCCUGUGGCUCCGGAUGAGUAUUUGAUCUCGCCGAUUACUGGCGAACGUAUACCUGCUAGUAAAGUGCAAGAACAUAUGCGUAUCGGACUGUUGGAUCCGCGCUGGGUCGAACAGAGAGACAAGCAUCUGGACAAAUUGGCACAGGAAACCGUAUUUGCGCCGGGCACAGCGAUCGAAGCGAGUCUCAAGCAGCUCGCCGAGAGACGUACCGAUAUAUUUGGUGUUGGUGACGAAGAAACCGCGAUCGGUAAAAAGAUUGGCGAGGAGGACAAGAAGAAGGAUGAUAAAGUCACUUGGGACGGUCACACCUCAAGUGUGGAAGCAGCUACGAGAGCUGCGCGCGCGAAUAUCACGCUGGAAGAACAAAUUCAUCAGAUACAUAAGGUCAAGGGUCUCCUUCCUGACGAAGAGAAAGAGAAAAUCGGUCCGAAACCGGUGAAUCGUGCGACCGAACUUACUCAUAUGGCUGCAGCUGCUUCUAAGCCGCAAGCUACUUUGAAAGCACCUCCGAAACCUCCCGCGCCGAAGCCUAUACCAGUGCCCACUCAACCGCCUCCACCGCCAACCAUGAGUAUGCCUGCCCCCAUGGGCAUACCCCAACCGAUGAUGCCGCAGGCGCCGAUGAUGAUGAUGCCUAUGCCACCUAUGUCGGCCAGACCGCCACCUUUGAUGACGCCAGCAAUGUCACCGUUCAUGCCGGCACCACCACCGAUACAGCCACCGAUGGCACCCGCUAUCGGAUUAAAGCAUCCUCCUAACAAGCCGAUGGAAGAAGAGCCGCAAGCUAAGAAACUCAGNACCGAAGACUCAUUAAUUCCGGAGCAACAAUUUCUUGCUAGAAACAAAGGUCCCGUACAGCUUAAUAUUGCUGUACCUAUGAUGACUGAGAAAGCUGAAUGGAAAUUGAACGGACAAACGUUGAAUAUUACUUUACAAACAAGCGAUACCGUGGCAACCAUGAAAGCGCUUAUUCACGAGCAAACUGGCAUGCCGCCUGGAAAGCAAAAGUUACAGUAUGAGGGAAUGUUCUUCAAGGAUGGUAACACCCUCGCGUAUUACAAUUUAACUUCGGGCAAUGUUAUCAACCUGUUGCCGAAAGAAAGAGGUGGUAGGAAAAGUAAAUAAAUAAAAAGGUAUGAAAACAUUUGAGAAAUAUAUAUGCACCUAAUAUAUAUUGAUAAUAUAAUAUUGGACCAGUUCUUACGCCAUCAGCUAUUAUAGAAAAGAAUCCAAAAUACAUAUAUUCGAUUAAAA